GGCCAGAGCGCACAGACCCGCAGCCCAGCUCCAAGCACCUGCAAGCGUCUUCUGGACACUAGGGAAGCCCCACCUACCUGAAGCCAAGAUGUCCAGCAAGCGGGCCAAGGCCAAGACUACUAAGAAGCGGCCACAGAGGGCCACAUCCAAUGUCUUUGCAAUGUUUGACCAGUCCCAGAUCCAGGAGUUUAAGGAGGCUUUCAACAUGAUUGAUCAGAACCGCGAUGGUUUCAUCGACAAGGAGGACCUGCACGACAUGCUGGCCUCUCUGGGAAAGAACCCCACCGAUGAAUACCUGGAGGGCAUGAUGAGCGAGGCACCAGGACCCAUCAACUUCACUAUGUUCCUCACCAUGUUUGGGGAGAAGCUGAACGGCACAGACCCUGAGGACGUGAUCCGCAACGCCUUCGCCUGCUUUGAUGAAGAGGCCUCAGGUUUCAUCCACGAGGACCACCUUCGAGAGCUGCUCACCACCAUGGGCGACCGCUUCACAGAUGAGGAAGUGGACGAGAUGUACCGCGAGGCACCCAUUGAUAAGAAAGGCAACUUCAACUAUGUGGAGUUCACCCGCAUCCUCAAACAUGGCGCCAAGGACAAAGAUGACUAGGUUGCUCCACAGCCCUCCAACGCCCGGGCCCUGCCCAGUCACCUCCCCCAUCACUCGUCUGUACCAGUCCCAUGCCCAUGGUCCACAGGACCUUCUAGGGGACCUCCCCCAACCAAAGGUUUAGGGUCCUGUCCCCUAGGGAGGAAAUGAGCCCAGAACAGCACAGGGCCAGGCGAGGGCACACAGCAGGCUUGUGGCAGGUGCUCCCACUGUGACCCAGACCCCAGAAGGGAGUCUCAGAUCCCUGCAAGGAAGGACCAUCAUCUAGGAAGGUGAACCAAAGCCCCUCAAGAGUGGUCACCCCCCAGGAGGAGGGGGCCCUGUGUCUGCUGUCAGAUACUACUUCCCCGUGCACCCCACACAAAACACUCACCACAUCCCCCCUCAGAGAAUGAGACAGAAGACGACCCCUGUGCUGUGCAGCCACUGAGCACACCCACCCCACCGAGAGUGCGCUAAGGAAGGUGGGCAUUCAGGGGUGAUCCCUCCAUGGGAGGGAAAGUGCAAUACAAGGCUAUCACUGCC